ACCCAUUGUAGCUAGCUGCUAUCCGUUAGCAUUAGCAACAAGCUAGUUUUAACCCCGCGCCCGACGGGAUGGAAAACAAUGAGAGGAUGGAGGUUGACGGCUGGGACUCCAGUCUGGAGGAAGAACUGGGUGUUUCCUUGGAUGACCUGAAGAAGUUGAUUGAAGAAGCAGUGGAGCAGAGUGAGAUCGUGCAAAAGAAAAAAGCUCAGUUGAAAGACCUUAAGCAAUGGGUCGAGCAGAAAGAGGAGGAGGAGGCAAAGACAGAAAGGCUUCUCAACGAUGCAAACGAUUCUAUAUUGGAGUGCGAGAUGCUGGUGAGGGCAGCUUACGAAAAGAACGGACUUGUCUACCGCGAAAGCAGCUCGGAAGAUGAAGGCGGCGGAACAAACAGACGGACCUCUGAAGUGAUUGAGAUAGACGACGAUGACGACGAUGAUGUCAUUGCUGUUGGUUGUUUGGUUCCUCCAAAGAAAAUUUUAACUCCUUCCAAAGAUCCUGGGUUAAAAGAAGCUUCUGCAGUUUUACAGAAAACCUCCCAGCAGGUGAACAAGUUGGCCCUAAUGGUGAACAAGCCUUCACCAGGAGCUCAGCUGCUCCGCUCUUCAGCGCAGCCUUCAGCUCAGUCCGGGAUUCAGAGUUCAGCACCAACAGUAUUUGUAUCACAGGCUCCAUCUCAGGCCAUGACCCAGCCAAAUCCGAACCUAAAAGAAGAUGAACUAAAAGUUGGGAUGACCAUUCUGGGGAAAAAACGCACCAAAACGUGGCACAGAGGCACCCUCGUUGCUAUCAACACUAUUGGAAAUAGUACAUUUAAAUAUAAAGUGAGGUUUGAUAAAGGCAAGAGUUUGCUGUCUGGGAACCACGUGGCUUUUGAAUAUAACCCGACUCUGGAGAGCCUGUUUGUCGGGGCCCGUGUUGUCGCUAAGUACAAAGAUGGAAACCUAGUGUGGCUCUACGCGGGAAUUGUAGCAGAGAUGCCCAACAACAAGAACCGCAUGAGGUUUUUGAUCUUUUUUGAUGAUGGCUAUGCUUCUUAUGUGAUACUGCCUGAACUUUACCCAGUUUGCAGACCACUAAAACGUACUUGGGAAGACAUAGAGGACGCAUCCUGUCGAGACUUCAUCGAGGAGUACAUUUCCGCCUAUCCCAGCAGGCCGAUGGUGCUCCUGAAGGUCGGCCAGAUAAUCAAGACGGAGUGGGAGGGAACGUGGUGGAAGAGCCGAGUGGAGGAGGUGGACGGCAGCUUGGUCAAAAUUCUCUUUUUGGAAGACAAAAGGAGUGAAUGGAUUUACAGAGGAUCCACCAGAUUGGAGCCCAUGUUUAAUCUGAAAAUGACUUCCGCAACCACCCAUGAGAAGAAGCUGGCCGGCCACCAAAGGACAAGACCAAACAUGGGAGCAUUGAGGAGUAAAGGCCCAGUAGUUCAGUACACUGGUGUUGAGCAUGUUGGAGCAUCUCCUGGCCAGGCGCCGCAGGCAUCACCCAGUCAGCCUUCGACAGCGCCACAGUCCCAGCAGCCCCUUCAACUCCAGCAGCCUCCUGUGCCCCAGCAGCUUCCUGUGCCUCAGCAGCCUCCUGUUCCCCAGCAGCCUCCUGUGCCCCAGCAGCCCCCUCUGCCCCAGCAAACCUCUCAAACCCUGCUUAUCGUUCAGCCACAGCAAACUCCUCAGCCCACUCAAACCACACAUCUUCAAUAUAUUCAGAAUAAGCAUCAGAUGGCAAAGAAGAGCACUUCUCCAUUUGUCCCUGGGGUGGGAGGAACACAUGCUUCUAAAAUAUUGCUGUCUUCAUCAAGUUCUGCCAUCUUCUCAGGUGGAAAAAUAUUGAUUACUACAACUGCUCCCACAUCCUCCUCCACGCCUUCGUACCAGAGACAGCAACCCACUGUGAUUGCUCCCCAUCCCCCUGUGACACAUGCAAUGGUCACCAUUCCCCAACAUCCCUCCUACAGAGCCCCAACGGACAGAAUCUUCUACCUGGCACACACAUGUCAGCCUACAUGUCUGAACCGCGUUCGACCAGUCAAACAAGACAUGCACCUAGGAAAGAACCCCCUCCUCACUCCUCUGCUGUAUGAUUUCAGACGCAUGACGAGUCGACGCAAAGUCAACCGCAAAGUUUCUUUCCAUGUGACCUACAAGGCUCCAUGCGGACUUUGCCUUCGCAACAUGUCAGAGAUACAGAAUUACCUCUUCCAGUCUCGCUGUGACUUUAUAUUCUUAGAGAUGUUCUGUCUAGACCCCUAUGUGCUCGUGGAUCGACCCUUCCAGCCACAAAGACCCUUCUAUUACAUUCCAGACAUCACCAGUGGAAAGGAGGACAUCGCUCUCUCCUGUGUCAACGAGAUUGAUACCACCCCACCUCCUAAAGUAGCCUACAGUAAAGAGCGUAUUCCUGAAGAUGGCGUAUUUAUUAACACCAGUGCAGAUUACCUGGUUGGGUGUGAUUGCACAGACGGCUGUCAAGACAAGUCCAAAUGUUUCUGCCACCAGCUGACCCUGCAGGCUACAGCUUGUACACCCGGAGGACAGGUCAACACUAACGCAGGAUAUUUGUACAAACGAUUAGAGGAGUGCUUGCCAACAGGGAUCUACGAGUGUAAUAAAAGGUGCAAAUGUUGUGUUCAGAUGUGCACCAACCGGCUGGUGCAGCACGGCCUGCAGGUCCGCCUUCAGCUCUUUAAGACUCAGAACAAAGGCUGGGGCAUCCGGUGUCUGGAUGAUAUCGCUAAGGGCUCUUUUGUCUGCAUUUAUGCUGGUAAAAUCUUGACUGAUGACUUCGCUGACAAAGAAGGUCUAGAGAUGGGUGAUGAGUAUUUUGCUAACCUGGACCACAUAGAGAGUGUGGAGAACUUCAAGGAAGGCUACGAGAGCGAGGCUCACUGCUCAGACAGCGAGGGAAGCGGAGUGGAUGUGUCCAGGAUAAAAAUCCAACCGUCUGCUUUAGUUUCGGGCACCAAUGCGGGACGACAUCCCAAAAAGGUCAAAAGCUCGAGCUCUUCAAACCGCAGCAACGAUGAAAAAGACUCGAAGAGUGACGAAAGCGACAGUUCAGACGACACGUUUGUGAAGGACAACUAUUUCAACUCCAGUUCUGUGUGGAGGAGUUACACCACACGAGGUCAAGUCAAGGGCACCAAGGAAGGAAGUCAAGACAGUAAAGAUGGAAUGAGUGUUUCUGGAGGAGCAGCUGGUGAAAAGUCCCUGUCGAUCCCAGAAGAGACGGGGAAAAGCAAAGUGGCUUCCUGGCUAACAAGCCAGGGGCUCAAGAAGGACUCUGAAGAUAAGAAGUGUGUUGGAAUUCCUCAAAAUACACCAGUUCAAACGAAGAAGCAGGAUGUGAUGACUCUCUCUGACAGCGAUGAUGUCCAGACCAUCAGCUCAGGAUCUGAGGACAACAAGGAACGAGACAAACCCGCUCCAGUUUCUGGCCCCACUGUGACCAAAAAGCAGGUGGCGGUGAAAUCCACCCGAGGCAUCGCCCUGAAGAACAGCCACAGCAUGAUGGUGAAGACAGGAACACCUGGAGGGGGGGCGGGACCGAGCAGCCAGGGGGCCAAACAUGGACAGCAGGGGCAGCCUGGAGGAGGGGGAGAAAACGCUCCCAGGAACACUCGCCUGUUCUACGACGGCGAAGAAUCCUGCUACAUCAUCGAUGCCAAGCUGGAGGGAAACCUUGGGCGGUACCUCAACCACAGCUGCAGUCCUAACCUCUUUGUCCAGAACGUGUUUGUGGACACGCAUGACCUGCGAUUCCCCUGGGUGGCGUUCUUUGCCAGCAAGCGUAUCCGGGCCGGCACCGAGCUGACCUGGGACUACAACUACGAGGUGGGGAGCGUGGAAGGUAAAGAGCUGCUGUGCUGCUGCGGAUCCACAGAGUGCAGAGGACGACUGCUGUGAUCCAUCUGGAUCCGCUGGAUCUAGAAAAACACCCAGAGUCCCUCCAACACUGUAACUGAAUUAUUUUAGUUCUAUACAUUUUCUUACAGCUGUUUUGCUGCUUUUAUUUGACAUCAAGCAGUUUCCUACAUUUUUCUUGGGGUGGGGGGUGAGGGCGCAGAGGUUAGAGAAGGCAUGUGAUCGAUAACGGUUCGACUCCCCAGACCAACGGUGGUCAAAAUAGGUGGGAAAAAUGAAGCACCCACACCUGCUUCCUCCCUCAUUUGCCCCACUCUUGGCCCUUGAGCAAGGCCCUUA